GAGAUGGGACCGAGCAAGACAGCGGUGUCUGAGGAUGGGUUUGCAUUCACCACCCAGCGAUACAGGAAUGAAGCUAAAGUUUUACAAACACAGGUACCGUUUGCCGUCUGUAGGGAUGCUGAAUUGGUUUGCUUUGUGAUUGUAUCAAAAAGAUGAUUCUGACCCACUUCAUGAGACAGCCCGGCAGAGAGUGUGCUAUUUGCUUUCCUUGUGCUGCCACACAUUAUCUCGACACUGUCCUUUAGUAAGGGUAGAGAUCACAAACUCUAUGUGUAAUUAUUUUAAUUGUCUGUUGUGGUUUAGUCACAGUAGGCAGUUGAGCAUGCAGUCACUUGCUCACUCUCUCCCAGUUGGGAUGGGGAAGAGAACUGGAAGGUGAAAAGUGUGGAAAGUUAUGGGUUGCAAUAAGGGAAGGUUAAAUGAGAAAGCAAAUGUUUUCCUGUUUGUGCACAAAUAAAGCAAAAUAAGGAAUUCAUUCUCUACAUCCCAUCAGCAGGCAGGAGUUCAGCCAUUUUCACCACUUCAGCACAUAUAACAGUGACUUAGGAAGACAAAUGCUGCCACCAGUCUCCCCUUUCUCCUUCUUCCUAGCAGCUUUUACUGCUGAGCAUGAUGCCACGGGGGGUGUAAUAUCCCUUUUGUCAGCUGGGAUCAGCCAUCCAGUUGUUUCCUCUCUAACUUCUUGCCCACCCCCAGGCUUCUCAGUGGUGAGCAGGUGAGGAGCAGAAAAGGCCUUGACCUCUGUGAGCACUGCUUAGCAAGAAUGAAAACAUUAGCACUAUGUUCAGCACAAAUCCAGUAUGACAGAGUUGCAUCACCUGUGUAUAGUGUUCUUUAUAACACUGGGGUUUUUUUAUGCUUUGGACAGCUCCAGUUUAAUAGAAAUGCUCCUGCAGUUCCAGAGAACUUGGCUCUCAGAUUCUCUCACCCCCGUCCAAUUAUAAUAGAAAAACUGAAGGCAUCCAGUGAUCAGAGAAAUCUAGUUGGAAGUGAGGACCCCAGCCUGAGAAGCUCUGGGUUGUUCUCAGUGGUAUCUGAAGAGAGACUGAAAUUGGCCAUUCAGCUGGCAAAAAGGGACAUCAAACAAAGACGUCUCAAAGAACAAGUAAAACAGCAGCUAUUUGGAGAUGUGGUCAGUACACCGUUGCAGACCCAGAAAUCACAACAGCAGAAGACUGAAGUAUUUGCAAGUCAAGAAAAUAAAAGUGCCCUGAAGUCUCAGACUCGCUUGACAUGUCAGCAGAGGCUCAACCAAGGGGUGUCUGCCAGCUCUGACACGAAUGUUUGUCUCUGUGUAGUUAAGGAAGGAAAGCCAAUACCAGCUGUUUUGGACUCUCCACCCACCCAUGACACAGCACCAGACCCCAAGCCACAUUUAAAUAAAAAAGAACAUCAAAAUAUGCAGGAAGUCCAGCGUCUGCAAAAAGAAUUGAGGAGUUAUGUUCAGAAAAUUGAAGAAAUUAUUAAAAAAGGGAGAGACAGAGAACUAGAUCCUGAAAAUGAAGAGCGGCUUUGCACUAGGAGACAGCAACAAGCUGCACGGUCAGCUCGGAUGCUGUAUGUGCUCCAGCAGCAGGUAAAAGAAAUUCAGGGUGAUUUAGAGAAACUGAGUCCUCAUACAAUCAAACAUACUAAAAAGUCUCGAGCAGUGUCCAGGCUGGCAGCAGCACACAGAGGAGCUGUACGAACCUUGCAGGCAUUUGCCAAUCAGUUUACAGAUCAAAGAGAUGAGCAGAUUCCUGCCCACUACAAGGAACUGGGCAAUCUCAUUCGUCAGCUGUCUCUCUGCUCCGCCAAACUAGAAGGGGAUUCUUCAAUUUCUGAAAUUAUCAUAGAUAUUUUGCUGCAAGUUGAGGAUCUGAAUUCACUGCUGGAAAACAAGCAAACACCAAAAACAGUGAAGAAAUGUAUUUCAGCUUCUCAGGCCAAAUCUCAAAGGAACAGUGAGACAUUUCCUGCCAGAAAGCACCUUCUAUCUCCAAAAGGAGAAAACAAACCUCUCACCUUAAAGGGACAGCAUGGACAAGAGUCUAAAAAACAUCCGUGUGUCAGGAGUCUCUUGACUGCAGUUCAGCAGGCAAACAACUGUGCUCAUAUAUUGGACAAUAAAUACCAAGAAGAAAGUGGCCCACCUACUUCAGAGAGAAAUACCACUUUGCAAGGAAGCACAGAUGUACUGGUGAGAGGUAGAGCUGUAAAAGAGUCUGUCCUUGAAAGUGGUGCUUUGAAGAAGAAAGUUAUGUUAUUGCCUGCAAAACCACAGAGAAUGCUGAAAUCUUUGAAGUCCAGACGGGCACACCCUCCAGGAAAGCACGCCCGAUUUCAAGAGCCAACUAUAGCUUUCCAACUAAAAGAGAACAAACGAGCUAUCAAGGAGAGCAAAAUGCCUUGUGUGCCUUCAAAGCCUCUACCUGGGUGUGUUUCACCUAAGCGGCUAGCAAGGCUUGAAGCAAAAAAUUCAAGAGGAGUGAAGGUUCUAACUGACCUUUGCAGAGGAGAAAUGGAAAAAAUACAAAAGUUAAGGUCACAAACUGUUUCUCCAGUCCAGUGUGUAGACAAAGCUGGGAAGGAGGUACAGAAGUGGUCAGCACCUCUGUUAGACAGGACACAGCUGGUUGCAACAAAUGCAGAUAUUCUGAGUGAAAAGCUAUUGGAUGAUCUUUUGGAAGAUACUGCUCAGGAACUGUGGAGCAUGGAUCAACAUGAGAGACUCCAGACCGAGGCCCUGCCUGUGGCUGACACUCAUAGCCUGGAGUCAAUGUUGCAAAGAAUGGAAGAAAUUGAAAUGUACCAGGAGGCUGUCCGCAGGAGAGUCACCCAGAUUGUCUACAGUGACUCCCAGUUCUGGCCCCAGGAAGACAAAAUGGAACUACAAAUGGCAUCAACAGCUGAAAAACUUACAUCUCCUCAUCCAGUUCAGAUAACCAAAUUAAUCAGACACACAGAGCUGGAAACAGACAUUUUAUUUGAAAAACCUUUUGACAGCACUGAUAUUGAUGAAAAUAAAGAAGCAGAGGAGAAAUUGCAGACUGGAAAUGACAUUGUGCAGCCCUUGCCUCUGAAUUCUCUACAGAAAGUGUAUUCUGUGUCACUCUCUGUGCCGAGUGAUGUGCUCCAGAGCAUCUUGGAUUAUAACAGCAGAUACAAGCAUCAUUUAAAGCUUAUUUCCCAUGAGGCGGUGGGCAGUUUUGAUCCAUGGCAGAUUGCUGAGAGUGUUUCAGAGCAACUGACAGAAGAAGCCCUGUGUGACGUGGCAGCAGAGCUGCAGGAUGUUUGUGAGGACUACGCAGAAGCUGUAUUCACGUCAGAGUUUUUGAAGCCAGUGCAGUGAAUUCUUUCCCACCUGCCCUAUCAACAUCAGCCUCAGCCUGACAAUCUGUGAAAUUUUCUGCACUGGAUCUCCAUCAAAGAUUCGUCUUAGGUUUUUUAUAAAACCAUUAUAAUAAUGUUUUCUUUUUCAGAAAGGACUUCCUUUACUUUUCCUUUUAUUGUCUAACCACCUUAGCACAUGCUGCACUGGGGUGAGUUCUUUUGGAGAAGUGGCAAUCCAGUGAAGGAUUCUCGUGGCACAGCACAAAUAGAUGCAAGCCACGGGCUGUAGUUGCAGGCUUGCUUGGGUUCUUGCUAUUGGCUUCAGAAUGGAGUUCCUGAGUACCUCUAGUACGUAAUGCACAGGCAAAACAAGACCUUCAAUAGAAGCACAUGAUAAAGAUCAUACUUUCUUUUCCUUAAACUACUCUAAAAUGUUGCAUUUUUAUCAGCAUUUAAUGAUUUCAACCCCACAUUCCUUUCUCUUAAGAAUCCCAUUGAAAUCAAAGACAUCAAAAUAAAUGAGCAAUUGGCAUUUCUGCAAUAUCAACUUAUUUCAAGUAAUGAAGGUACUAGUUUGGGUUAUAUCUGGAAUCAGAGUAAUGAGUAAUAAUAAUUUAUGUAGUGUAGUAGGAAAAAAAUUCAAUCCUUGAGGUAACCCAAAGAACAAUGUGACAAUCCUUUGUCAAUUUUUUUCUUCAAUAUUGUUCAAUCUAUAACACAUUCAUUUUUAGUUUUCUAAGAUUAUUUUUAUUUCCUCUAAUUAGAACAUAUAUUUUUUAAAUAAUUUUGCUUCUAUUGAAGCCUGGUUUACUAUUUCAGUCAUCUUCAAAUUUUCAUCAAAUGUAAUGAUGUAAAUGCUACUGCUGAAAUGGGACUUUGCUGAUCCGUGAUUUCUGUAAUUUAAAACAGCUGAUUUUUAAAAUUAUAAGUAAAACAUAUUAAAGCAGUAGUGUUGCUAUGGGUACAUAUGUGUGUGAAAGUAUUGCGAAGAUGUUUUAUUUUUUAAUAAACAAUACUUAUUAUCAUUGAA